UGAUGUACAUAUAGAAUGAAACGUUGGCCUUGAUGGGACUGGGUCAUCAGUGUUUGAACCCAACAAUGGAUCAUCGCAACAAACCCCAGGUUUAAGCCAGUCAGUUGUAGCAAAUUCACUGGGCACAUCUCCAAUACCCUUUAAUGGCCAGGCAGCACACACUUCCUCUAAAGAAGAAACUGUGCAUUCACCACGCCGCACAUCACCAAGGAAGAAAACAUCAGUUAAAUCCAAUGUCUGUUCAUCCCCAGUAAAUCCUGUAAGUCUUCCAGCAUCGCCCUUGCCAGGAAACAGUCAAACUACUGAUAUGCUCUCACCAAGUCGUACCUCACCGAGGAAAAAGACAGCCUGUACACCUAAUGUCAGAUCCUCCCCCAUGAAUCCUGUAAGGUCAUCACCCUUGGCAGAAAGCAGUCAGAGUUCUGAUAUGGUGAAGCUGGUAACAAACAAAGAGCUGUCAAUAUCAGUAGAUAGACAAGGCUUAAGAAGGGCAUGCCAAGAGGCAACAAUAAAAAAAGACAACGCUGGAUACAUUUUAAUGUAUAAAAUGUUGGACCUUGUAUUUAGCCUGGAAGAACUGGCCGAAUCCAGAGGGCUUGGAAUUGGAAAACCAAGGCCAGGCGAGGAACAUAAGCCCGUGCUGGAUGCUGGCAAAAUUGCAGUCUUGAAGGAAUAUGUACACUUCUGGACCAAGAAAAACCUGGCAACAACAUUCUCAGAGAAGAGGCUUAAUAAAGCUAUAACUGAAAGAUCACAUUAUGCCAGAAACCAAGUAAAGAGACAGUUGGAUAAGUCAAAAAUCUAAAACAUCAGAAAAAACUCUGGACAUUGUGUUUGGACAUUAAUAAAGCAUACUUGUAGUAAUAAUGGAUCCUGAUCAGACUGCAUGGAUGUGCUCUCACAUUUUGUUUUGAAUUUAAUCACAUAGCAACUUGGAUUUAUUUUAUGUAGAAAUUUAAUACUAAUCUUUAAUCAUAUUUCUUUUCUUAAAAAUGCAGUGUAGAAGCUUGAAUAAAUUUUUUAAGUCUUUCAUAUACUGUUUUGAAGUCCUGAUUGAUUUUCAGAGGCUGUAUACACCGAGGUUCUGGACAGAAAUUUAAUACCUGACGGAAAUUUAAUCUGUGCGUAAUUCUUCCGUGCGUAAUUAUUACGCCCAGUCAUUUUGCCUGGAUUCCGCCUGAAAAUUUUCCGUACGUAAAUUUUUCCGUACGUAAUUUUUUGUCAAAAGAAAAUUCCGCCCGAAGCUCAUUUGCAUAUUACGCACCAAUUACGUAUCAUUUUUGCUCCGUCUACGUACGGAAACCCUAUUUUAUACAAGGCAAUAUAUUGGGACGUAAUUUUAUCAUUUUCCGUACGGAAUUAUUGUUGAAAGCCCGCUCCAAUUCCGUGCGGAAUAUUUCGU